CACAGGCGUGCGUUUGAAGGGGAGGGGGCCUGUCACAGAGAUGGUGGAUGCGUGGAUCGUCUUUCAGUCAUUGCUGAGCUGCAGUAGUGGAAGAUCCUGCCAGUCAAGGUAGUGGGGAGGGCUACGGAAACACGAUCACUCGUCGAUUUCGACACGAGCCACAAGUUUAGAGCUAGAGUGCUAGGUUUAUGUGGAGUGUAAGACUUUUUUUUUCUAGAUUGAAUAUGAACACAGAGACCCCCCGUUUUUUUCAAUCGAGAAAUAGGACAUAUGUUUAUCUGUGGACCUAUGGGCUGUUUAAGCAGGAGCAGGCUGAGUGGGAGGACGUGAACAAGCUUCUGCAGCAUCAUGGUUUUAAACCAGUGUUUUUUGCGGAUCCUGUUGAGAAUGAGAACCUUUCAAAUCUGGUCCUGCUGGACAAAAAGUCAGCUGUUGAAGUGAGGACAACUCUGAGGACAAUGCUGACAGACUCGGAGAGGAGACAGUCUCUCAUCCAGGAGCUUGUUAAGUCCAACAACCAACUUAAAGGGGAGAUUCAGGAGCACAUGAGUCGAGCUGCUCACCAGUCCAACAGGGUCGUGGAGCUGGAGGGGUUGCUGGAUGAGGUGAAGACCAGAGUCCAAGACCUGGAGGACCGCUGCCUGGGGAAGGCUGUCCACCAGAACGGCCACGUACAGCAACUAGAGCAGGAAAAAAAAGAAGCGCAGAAACACUGUCAGGUCCUGGAGCAGCAGCUGUCUAAAUGGAAGGCGGAAGCAGCUGAGCUUCAGAAGAAACUCUACUUUGCAGUCAAAGAGGAAGAGCAACGAGCAGCUCGGCAAAGUCAGACUUUCCAGAUCAUCUGCAAGAAAGCGAGCCAGCCGAGCUCUCCUGCAGAUCGGGAGGUGCUGGAUGUGAUUGACUUCUACGACACUAAAAUGAGUCAGCUACUGGAUGAGCUAAGGUCUGCCAAAGGAGAAUCUGAAGGAUCGAAAGCGUCGGAUCGAACAAGAACUAAAAAGACGUCCAACUCCGUCACCUCAUAUUUCAAAACCAUUCUCAAGGCAUAUCAGGAGCAGCAAAAGGAAAGCAGAGCCGAGGUAGAAGAGCUAAAGAAUGAAGUUGAGAGCUUGAAGCAAGAGUUGGAAAAAAGGCCGACUCUCAAAGAAGUGAAGUUCUACAAACACAAACUGCGACGCUUGGAGGGAUUGAACAAGCACAGUAACGCGAGAUUGCCGAAAGAAGACUAUGCAACUGAGAAUAGUAAGAACACCGGCGACCGUGGCAGAGAGGCCAGUCUGUGCGCCCGCUAUCGUCACCUGUUGACUGAGAUCAAUGUAGUUGUGAGCAAUACCAACGCUCCUUUACGACUGCACAGACAAAAACCCUCCGCUGUUGCUUUGGAGCCGACUGAUUUCCAGACUCUCCUCCCUGCUCUGGAGGCGUGGGCCCAGCAGCUCCGUCUACUGAAGGAUCUUCAGCGCAGUUUGAAUGUACUGUCCGCCCGGCUGAUGCCCUGGCAGCCGCCUGGUGGCGACUGUAAUUUUGGCGAAGCAGUGAAGGUGGAGGACAUCAUGUUGCUGGUGGACACCAUGCUGGAAAACACAGCGACCGACGACGAAAAGUCGCUCAGGAGCCCCACGCGGUACACUCUGGGCUCCAUGGUGUCUCAUUUCCAGAAGCUGUUUGACGUCGCCUCACUUAGCGGAGUCUACCCUCGUAUGAACGAGGUCUACACCCGCCUGGGAGAGAUGACCAACGCCAUGAGGAACCUCCGAGACGUCCUUGACCUAGACAACAGAGUCUCUCCUGCUGAGGUGGUAAACCACGUGGCUAGGCUGGUCUCCUCAACUCAACACACUGCCGGAUUUCAUAAUCUGCUAGGAGACGCCGACAUCGACAGCAUCAUCACCAAAAUGAAGCAGCACGAGGAGUUCUUCCCUACUUUCCAUGCCCUCAUAACAGAAAUCUUACAGACUCUAGGGGUCAGUCACCUGGACGACAUCCUCCCUGCCCUAAGGUCUUUGACGUCGAGAGCACAGUCGCCUGUUUCUAUACCUCUGUGAGUGUUGUGUUUUUGCUGAUUGUGAAAUGUGUCUUUUGUUUGAAAUAAAAUGUCUGAAUGAGUCACCA